AAAAUUAUGUCAUUUUUGUCAAUCUGUCAAUCAAGAUCAAGAGGAAUGUUUGGAGCUGUUAAAGUGUAGAUUAAUGAAUGUUAUCCGGAAUUUAAAUUAGCAACCAUAUACAUCAGUUAAUAUAAAACGUUUAGAUUUUCUUCGUUCAUAGAUAGUGAGUGUGUUCGGAUACAGUACAGUAACUGUAACCUGAUCAAAGUCAUACUCCAACCUUAAAAUCUUGAGACUCAAACAAUUAAGGACCGAAUAUGGGUUACAAGGUAGCGAUACAAGUCCUCAAGCAGACAGAAGAUCUCAAACCCAAAGUCCUUAAGAAAACUGAUUUGCUCCAUGACACUGAAGCAUGGGAAAAUCAACAGAAAUUGCAGAACAUUUAUCAUCGUGUUUUAAUACUUGAUCUGGAAUAUGCUUUGGAUAAGAAAGUGGAGCAGGACCUUUGGAAUAUUGGGUUCAAAAAUCAUAUAACUGAGUUACAGGAGAAAGUCCGGGACAAAAAGAACCAACGUAGAUCAGAUUUCCAAGCGCUUUUAACUCGAACAUUAGAGUCGGCCUCCGGAUUUUAUUUAAUUUUAUUGCAAGAAUUGUGCGAUAACUUUGAUAUUGAUUUACCAUUCAGACGCAGAGGUUCUAUAUAUGGACAAACGUCGAUUUGCAAUGACCAAGUCACUGCCCCACAAUUGGCCUCAUGUUCAUAUAUUUGUCAAUAUUGCUUAGUUCAUUUGGGGGACAUUGCCAGGUAUAGAAACCAAAGAAAACAGGCCGAGAGCUUCUACAAACAAGCAAUUUUGGUAUCGCCCCAUAGUGGUCAUCCUUAUAAUCAAUUGGCAUUGUUGGAAGCAAGUCAAGGAAACAAGCUAUCAACAGUGUUUUAUUAUAUUAGGGGUACAUGUGUGAAAAACCCAUUUCCUGCGUCCACAACAAAUUUGAGGGGCAUUCUGAACUUGGCAAUAGACAAAGAAAGUCCAUUGGAAAGAAUUCAAACUAAAAUGAGUGUUAAUGAUUACAUACAACUAUUUCUAUGUGCCCAUGCUCAUUUCCACUGUGUACUGGACAUCAAGCAAGCUGCACUAGCUGUUCAGAGUUUAAAUUCCGUGAUGACUGCCUUAGUUGCUACACAUAGUUUUAAACGACAAGAGCUUAUUAAAAUCACCAUAAUUAAUCUGUAUGCUCUUACAUACUUGGGAAAAGACGAGUUUACCAAAGAUGAGCUUAAAGUGAAAAAUUUGAUAUUGGAGCUGAUUGUAGGAUCUCUCAGUUCCUUUUUGAUGCCUGUUUACACAUUGCAGAGUGACGAAAGCUUAUUGAAUUACUAUGCUCUACCUGCACUGAAGUUGCUCAUGUAUUUUCUUUUUAACAAACCCGAUUUGUUGAAUAGUCAAAUAUUCAAGGAAAGAAUGCAAAUUUGGCCUAGUUUGUGCAAAAUUGUGAACUCUGCCCAAAGCUUACUUGUAGGAUUCAAUUACAAUAAAUAUGCAAAAUGUUCUUUGCAAGAAGACAGAGAUUUACAGGGCUUUUUACCAUUGGAACAGAAUUUUAGAGAAUUCACUUUCAAAGUUGAAAUAGAAGAGCGAGAAGUUGAAAAUAAAGUUAGAAUGAGGCGAAUUAUCGAUUUGGCUAAAUGGUUGAGCAAUUAUGAUCUUGGUGGCACAAAGUUAAUAACCUUGACAGAAAUUAAAGGUCGUCUUAAUUUCGAGCCAGUACUCUCACAGCCUGAUCCAACCAAUGAGCUUUUGAUGGAAAUGAAAUCAUUCACUUUUCAAGAACCUAAUAGCAACAAAAAUGUUAAAACAUUAGUUGAAAAGAAAAGUGGCAUAUUGAAACCGCAGGGAUCUUUAGAGAAGUCAAGGGAAGAACGGGAAGGUAAAAAAAAUACAGAGACUACAACUGAAAGUCUUCAAAAAAAUUCAGAGUCGAUUAAAACAAAACGCGCCAAGCAAAAUGUGGUUUUGCAGAGUAUAUUCAAAAAACUAGAGGAAAACAAACAGGUGAAAUUCAAUGUUGAAGAUCCACAUCAUUUAGAGAAAACUACAAAGUUUGAUCAAGAGCCGUCCCUAACUAAGCCCCAGCAACCUCAAUCUGUGCCUUCUCAGCAACUCAAUAACCAAUUCAGUAAUCCCUCCUUAAGAACACAAAGUUUUAACCAAAAUCAUCCAGCUUUUCCUCAACAAAAUCCAUUGCAGAAACAACAAAAUCCUACUAGUACUGACUAUCUUACGAAUUUGAGGAACUUGGGCAAGGGCGCUGACAACAUGAUGCCACAGUUUUCAAAAAGUAACCCAUAUUCCAAUUUGCCCCAAGCUAAUAAUAGUCAACCUCAGCAUGCACCUAAUAUAAAAGUACCUGCUUAUCCUCCGCCAUAUAACAUACCUCCACCCCAAGUAAAUGGGUGGUUAAGAGAGGAUUUGAAGCUGCCUUCCAGUGGGAAUCAAAGUUCCUGGUGGGGUCAAAAUAUGUCUGCUCAAAACCAUUCACCUCAAAACCAAUCAUAUGCGCAGCCGAUAUCAAACGGUUACACUAACGGUUACAACCAACAAAGGCCAGCACCUUUAGAUAAUCAAUCGACAAAUUAUUCAAACCCUAAUAUGCAAUAUUCAGUUCAAAGUCCGAACUACCCCAUGCAGCAAGAUACUUCAAACUAUCCGGGAAUGAGCUUUUCUCAAAUGGGAGUUCCAUAUCAACGGCCUCUGAUGAAGCCUCAAAAUGGUUUGUCAAAUUUGACCCCCAAUGUGCCCUAUGAACUGUUCAGUUCUCCUUGGGGCAUGAAUGCAGUAAAUAAUUUUACUAAUGAUGAUGGAACACGUUCCUCAAUGUCCAUGAGGCAGGCUAUGUUAAAGGAAGGUACAAUACCUUUAGGGAGAAUAUCUGCGUCUCAGCAAAUGGCGCCCCAAUCACAGGAACUACUUUCGCAGAGCCCCGGCUAUUCACUUUUCAACAGUUCUAGUUGGGCUCCUAAUCUAGGAAAUCAGCUAAUGAACAACAUUAUUGGUGACAAAACUUCGCAGUUCAAUGGCCCUCAACAUUCGCUGUUCGGGGGACCAGGGCCUCAAUCUUUAGCUCAGCUUUUGGAACAUCAGCAAAACCAGAUGAGCCCAAACCUUAGAAACUCCAAUAGUAAUCAGGAUACGUAGUUGUUAAUAGAUAUGUGGGGCAGAGAGGCGUCCUAAACGAAAUACAUCGGAGUUUCAAAAGUGAAACGGUUUUGAAAAAGGUGCAGACUUAUCGCUAUAUGUAUCGGUAGUCAUAAAUUCUGAUUUUUUCCUAAUAUUGAAUUAGUGGAUGCAAUAUGGCAUUAUUAUAGAGAGAAUUGCAACUCUUAAUUAAGCAAUAUGGAAACAAUAUGUUAAUGUAAUCAACAUAAUACAAAUGUUUCAAAUCAACAUAUGUAUUAUAAAGGUUGAUGCAAUGUUUUUAAACGAUUUUAAACAUUUUGUGCGUCUAGAUGUGGAAGUGUUAAUUGAUAUGUUAUUAAAUAUUAUUAAUGUGCUAUUAGUAGAAGAAGAUUCUGCUUAAUAUCUUUUUUUUUUGUUAAAUAUACCCACAGAGAUGUGGUACAACACGAUAAUUCGCCCAA